UUUCAGGGUCAAAUAUGGUUAACGAACGAAAAGACUACAUCAGUAUUGUGAUACUUUUCGUUGUGAAUCUUAUUAACAACGUGGAUAGGUAUACCAUUGCAGGUGUUCUACCCGAUGUGCAAUCAUACUAUAACAUCAACGACUCUAUGGGAGGAAUGAUUCAGACAGUUUUUCUGAUAUCAUUCAUGAUUGGAUCUCCAAUUUGUGGAUAUCUCGGCGACAGAUUUAAUCGAAAAUAUGUAAUGCUGGUCGGCAUCGUCAUUUGGCUCAUUUGCGUUUGUGCAUCUACAUUUAUUCCGAGAAAUCUUUUCCCCUUGUUUCUGUUCUUCCGGUCCCUGGUUGGAAUUGGAGAAGCGAGUUAUGUGAACAUUUGCCCUACAAUGAUCAGUGAUAUGUUCACCUCGGAUAAGAGAACAAGAGUGUACAUGCUUUUUUAUCUUGCGGUUCCAGUAGGAAGUGGACUUGGAUACAUCAUCAGCUCAAACGUUUCUAGUCUCACUGGCUCAUGGCAAUGGGGUGUCCGUGUGACGGGUAUUGGUGGAAUCGUUGCUCUUCUAGCUCUUCUGUUUAUGGUUCAUGAGCCAGAACGAGGUGCCGCUGAGAAAUUGGAGGGAAAAGAUACUACUGUCAGGCCUUCUACGUCUUAUUGGAAAGAUCUGAAAGUGCUGUUAAAAUGCCCAACCUACGUGGUAACUACAUUGGCUUACACAGCUUUAAUAUUUGUCAGUGGAACAUUGACAUGGUGGAUGCCAACGAUUAUUGAAUACUCGGCAGCCUGGACAAGAGGAUACAAAAGUAUUAAGGAGCUUCCCCUGUCUUUUAAAAAUGAAACGGGUCUUAUUUUUGGUCUGCUAACAACUGCUUGUGGAAUAAUUGGAACUCUUCUAGGAAACCUUCUUGCUCAAUGUUUUCUGUAUGGUUGGCUCGGAGCUUGGAGCAAAACGAAACGUGCUCAUUUAGUAGCCGCAGGGUGUGGAGCUCUUAUAUCUACGCCAUGUUUAGUUGUCGUUUUUGUAUUUGGUCACAGCAGUGAACUGCUUACCUGGAUCAUGGUUGGAGUUUCCAUCACUGGACUUUGCUUUAAUUGGAGUUUGAAUGUAGAAGUUUUUAAUCAAAUUGUGGCUCCAGAGAGGAGGAGUACUGCAUUUUCAUACGUUACUUUGAUCUCACAUUUGUGCGGUGAUGCAUCAGGACCAUAUAUUAUUGGAGCGAUAUCCGAUGCAAUCAAGUCAAAUCACCUUGAUUCCCCAGAAUGGGAUUACAAAUCACUGGCGUAUGCGUCAAUGCUUGCACCAGUAAUGAUGGGUAUUUCCACAGUACUCUAUUUUGUGGCUGCUAUUAUUUUUAAGCGGGAUGCACGAAGACUUGUUCGAGAAAUGACUCGAAACGAGAGUGAUGAUCAAGAGAAGUCGUACACAAACGGCAUUUGGGCUGACGACUGUCUUACACAUUCAUCUAAAUUCUGAUCAUAAUUUAUUGAUUUUUAUUCUUCAAUCUGUUCUUGUUGUUUUUUUUUUCAAAUUAUUAUUUUCAUAUUUUCUGUCCCUCGUUGUUGUGUCAUUCUGUUCUUUACUCUGAAAUCUGCAACUUUGAUGCCUUCAAAACCGUAUUUUCUAUUCAUGUAUUUUACAACUUCCUCCGGUCAUUUAUUCGCUAGCAAUUAAACGAUUAUGUUCUAUACUUUCCUAGACACAACAUACAGUCACAAAAACAUGACAAUAUUUCAUCAUUCUUUUUUUGUCCUCACAAGAACUU